AUGAACUUUCGACAACCUACCUGUCUAGCUCAACGGGGUUUGGGUCUUCGCAUUUCCCAACGCCAGGCAAGACCGGAUUUCUUUGCAACAACAAUCUGUCGACGCGCAUUCUCCUCUUCCACCCCGAGGACAGCGGAGGCCGGUCCUCAUAAACGCGGCCCGACGUCACGGGUGUCGGCGGUACGGCAUUCGGUCCGGCCCCGUUCUCAGAUCGCGGCCCUCCUAGCCGGUCUUGGUUUGCUAUCAUUUACACUCUUUGUUUCUCCCACUGCCCCUACAACCUUCGAUGCUCAUUACGCAUCAUCCCCGCCCGUUUCUUCUCCUUCCCCCAAAUCUGAGUCUGCACCAUCCCCUGAGAAUCCCUCGGAUAGUCGCGAUCCAGACCUUCCGCGAUUCCGCAUAGCUGAAGUCCGAAAGCAUGGGGCCGAUUCGGACAAUCCGUGGGUCAUCCACGGCGACAAAGUCUACGAUAUCACGGAUUGGAUAUCAGCACACCCUGGAGGCCAAGUCAUUCUCCGUGCUGCUGGAGGAUCCAUAGACCCGUAUUGGAAUAUUUUUACCAUCCACAAAAAUCAAUAUGUUUACGAUAUCUUGUCUCAGUAUUUAAUCGGCUACGUGGACCAAGCCGAUCUCAUCAAUGGCAAGCCUGCUCAAGACCAAAUCGAGGAUCCUUUCGAAAAUGACCCAGAGCGACAUCCAUUACUUAUUACCCGCACAGCUAAGCCGCGGAAUGCGGAAACACCUGGAGAAGCGCUCAGCGCACAGUUCUUGACGCCUAAUGACCUUUUCUAUGUUCGCAACCACAUGUGGGUUCCCACCAUCGACGAUGCCCAGUCAAAUGAGCAUCGAUUGACAGUCGAACUCUUUGACGGCACAAUGAAAGAAUACACUCUGCAGGACCUAAAGACGAAGUUUCCAAGACACAAGGUCACUGCUGCUUUGCAGUGCUCCGGCAACCGCCGGAAGCAUAUGAGCGAUGAUUCUGGAAAGCAAACAAAUGGCCUCCCCUGGACAUCUGGAGCUAUAUCAAAUGCAUCAUGGGAGGGAGUCCUUUUAUCCGACGUACUAGCCGACGCUGGAUUUGAUGUAUCAGAAGCCAGGAGUGGCUCGAGCGAAACGCAACAUGUGCAAUUCACUGGAUUAGAAGCCUAUGGCGCAUCGAUCCCAAUCAAGAAGGCUAUUGACCCGCAAGGGGAUGUCUUGCUGGCAUAUCGCAUGAACGACAAGCCACUGCCACGAGAUCACGGGUUUCCACUUCGAGCCAUCGUUCCUGGUCAUGUUGCUGCUAGGUCAGUGAAGUGGCUCAACCACAUUACUCUUAGCGACGAGGAGAGUACAAGUCAAUGGCAGCGUAAGGACUAUAAGUGUUUUGGUCCAAACCAGACCAAAGUCGAUUGGGAUACAGCCCCUGCCAUUCAAGAAUUACCCGUCCAGAGUGCCAUCACUACGCUGAAGCUGGGCAAUUGGAUCGACCCCAAAGCCGAACCCCACGUCUUGAAAAACGACCAAGAGUCGGGCGCUCGAUCGCAGAGCUCUCCCGAACAGGAGAUUACCAUGACUGGGUAUGCAUUUUCUGGCGGCGGAAGGUCCAUCAUCCGCGUUGAUGUGUCCGUAGAUGGGGGCUGCUCCUGGACCCAGGCACAUCUUUUGCCCGACUGUGUCUCUAAAAACGGCAUGCCAUCGCCUUGCCAAGGACACGGAGCGUGGUCUUGGAAGCGAUGGCGAUUUGAAGGAAGUGUUCCUCUCCACACAUUCAAGAAUAGGCCGAGCAGUGGUCCCGAAGAUACAGUAGCCGCCGCUGCAAAUCACAGGAGCCAAGACAAUGGUCAGAAGCGUUGUACCACGGUUUUGGUCAAGGCAACCGACGAUGCGUAUAAUACGCAGCCAGAAAGUCAUGCCGCAACAUGGAAUUUUCGUGGUAAUCUAGCCACGGCGUGGCACAGAGUGCAAGUUUGCACAGACUGUUCUGGUUCUGUUCCAAGUGGCGCCCACACGCGACAAAAGUAA